AUGGACAUGAUGGAGCUGAGGGAGGCUCUGGGAGACGAGGUGCUGCGUGGACGUGACACAGACAGUCUGGAGCCUUCAUACAACGUGGUGCGAGUGUUCCUCAGCUCAACAAUCUCAGAUCUGAACACUGAACGAAAUGCCUUUUGGGAAAAUGCCUAUCCUGAGCUGCAAAGCUACUGUCACAGUCUUGGCCUGGUCUUUGAGGUUGUGGAUUUCCGGUGGGGUUUGUUUGAUUCUAUGACAGUUGAUCACCUAACAACGGAGCUGUGUCUUCAGGAGAUACAAUCAUGUCAGAAAGUAUCGUCUGGACCUAGUUUUAUUGCUAUGGUUGGCAGUCAGUAUGGAUACAGAGUCAUUCCACGCCUCAUAUCAGAGACUGAGUUUGAGUUACUGCUCUCUAAACUUUCCCAAGACCAAGAAGGCUUGACAGUACUUAAGAAAUGGUUUGUCAAAGACGAUAACACUAUACCCCCUAAAUAUAUCCUUCAGCCAAUCACCACACACUACCCUAAUUAUAAUAAUACAGCGCCUGAGGCUAGACCACAGCAUGAUGCUGACAUUUUGUCUUGGAACCUCACUGAAGCUCGACUGUUACAGCUGUUAUGUAGUGCAGCACUGCAAGCCGAGAAGGAUGGAGUCUUCAGUGCAGAGCAGAAGCACAGAUUCUUCAAGUCAUUGACAGAAUGGGAGAUGGAGCAGAGUUUUCUCUCAACUCAAGAGCAGGGCAAACCUUCACCUCUCAUCUUUGUCAGGGAGCUACCUCAUCUGAAGAAAAGUGAAAGCCAUAAGCAUACAAAGUUCUUUGAUGUCACAGCUGAUGGGCUCCUAGACACUGAAGCGCAGGAAUUGCUGACCAAUCUUAAACAGCGUAUCGCCAGUACCUGCCCGAGUCUCUUCACCCUAGAGCUUAGUAAAAAUGCUUUGGAUGUGAAUCGUAAGGAGCACAAGGAGUAUCUGGAGGUAUUCUGUAAACAGAUUAUAUGUCAGAUAAAAGAGAGGAUUGUCAAGCAAACUGCACCACCAACAAGUCCACAGUGGCUAUGGAUUCAACAGGAGCUUUUUCAUCAUGCAAAGCUAAGUAAAGACAAGUGUGCUAUUUUUACUGGAAGAGAUGGCCUACUUACAAAGCUCUGCCUCAUGAUGUGGGAGUCAACAAACUUACAGCAUGCACCACUUGUCGUCUACGGGCCUUCGGGAAUUGGCAAGAGCGCUCUGCUUUGUAAACUGGCCCAGGAGAUGCGGACUGUUCUAGAUCCACAAGCUGUGGUUGUUCUCCGUCUGCUUGGAACAUCCCCCAUCAGCUCAGACGUAGACUCUGUCCUAAAGGGGAUUUGCUUACAGGUUUGUGGAGCUUUGGGACUGGCAACUCCCAGCCCACAGAUCGCAAACACACAUGAGAAAUUGGUAAGGUUUUUCCAUGCUAUGCUACAAAAAGUGUCUGAAGUUGGAGAAACAUUAGUUCUCAUCCUGGACUCCUUGGAUGACCUCUCCCGGGCUAAUAAUGCUCAUAAAUUGCACUGGAUACCUCAAGAAAUUCCUCCUAAUGUACAUUUAAUAGUGUCUACCCUAUAUGACGGGUUUCCUAUGAAGAGAUUGAAAGCUCUACUUAGUGAUAAAAAAUGUUUCUAUGAAGUAGAACCACUGAACUGUGAUCAUGUGCAGGACAUCAUUAAUGCCUGUGUGAACGUUGCUGGAAGAAGACUUACGUCUGAGCAAACAGAAGUAAUCACUAGCAGCUUCCAAAAGAGCGGAAGUCUUUUGCAUCUGAAGCUAAUGGUGGACAUGGCAAAGCAGUGGUCAUCCUACACCUCAAUGUCUGAUAUUCACCUUGGCAGCUCUGCGCAGGAAAUAAUCUCAUUGUUUCUCCAGACUCUGGAAGAAAAACAUGGUGAGAAGCUUGUCCGUCAUGCUCUGGGCUAUAUCACCUUAUCAAGACGUGGCCUGUCAGAGGCAGAACUACGUGAUAUCUUGUCUGUAGAUAAUGAUGUCCUGGCAGAGGUCUACCAGAACCGACUUCCUCCGAGCCACACACUCAUACGAUUUCCUCCUCUUCUGUGGGCACGUCUCAGACAUGACCUAAAAGAUCACCUAGUGGAGCGUUGGGAAAAUGGCAUUAUUGUGUUAGAGUUCUCAAGAAGGCAGUUUACUGAUGUUGUGAAGGCAAAAUAUCUUUCUGUGGAGCACCGAGUUCAAAUGCACAGCAUUCUCAGUGAAUACUUCUCAGGUCAGUGGAGCCAGGGCCAGCUCAAACCCAUACUACUGUCAUCGCUGAGUACCCAACUGAAUGCUGACAGAAAGGUGCCACCUCAGCCACUAUGGUAUGCUGAAGGAAUGGCCAAUCUCAGAACGCUGCAUGAACUGCCGUAUCAUCUUAUACAUGCAGGCAAAUGGGAGGAACUGCAUGACUCGCUGCUAGGCAAUUUGGACUGGUUGCAUUGCAAGAUCCUCAGCUGUGGUGUGGCCAGUGUAAUCCAGGACCUGUCACUCUGUGUUGAUGUCAUAGACUGUCCUGAGAUUCAACUGCUCAGGGACUGCUUUCUACUGCUAAAGCCUACCUUAGAUUUCAUUGAUGGACACACAGAUUCACCACUUCUAUUCACCGAGAUCUCUGCCAGACUUCAGGCUCUGGCUCCCGUGUACCCUUCGCUGAUUGGACGCUUAAGCUCACAGUGCAGCGAUUGGUUUGCUACCUGUGCAAAUCCAGUGCUUGUGCCUAAGAGUAGCUUCUUACAACCUCCAGGCGGGCCUUUACUAAACACCCUCAGUGGUUCUGGAAAAGGGAUUACUGUAGUAGAUCUUUAUAUGGAGAGAGAGUUACUCCUAGCAGGUUCUGUGGAUGGAGAGUUGAUUGCAUGGGAUCUAAAGUUUCUUGAGAUGCUGCAUACGUUUAAAGGACAUACAGGUGCAGUGCAGACAGUAAAGCUUGUAAGGAAAGGUGAUCACUGCUUGUCUACUGGUCUUGAUGGCUCUCUUAGAAAAUGGAGUCUGCUCACUGGGAAACAGCUCUUCUGCAUUCCAGCUGUGGUCUCAGUACAACCCUGGCCUUCUGAACAGAUCCUUGUGCUUGAGCCUAAAGCGAUGGUGCUGUCUAACACACAGGGACAAGUCAAAUCUUGGAAUUUGGACACUGGAGAACUUCUUUAUGAAGUUGAUGUAAAAGGAGAAUGUUCAAUCAUUAGUUCACUGGGAGAGGAUGUAGUGGUCAUGUCCAGUGAUGGCCAAAUCUGGAUCUUUGAUUCAGACACUGGUCUAGAAAAAUCCUACUAUAAGCUCACUUGUGAUCAAGGUUUCACUGUAUCCAGUGUGCUUUCACUAGACCGACAUGGAAAACUCCUCAUUGCAUCUCAGGAGUGCUCACUGAAUAUGGUCUCAGCCAGUGGUUCACUAUGUGAUGUUGAGCUUCCUGCACCUGCUUCAUUUAUGUGCUCUUCAGAAGAUGAAAAUGUGCUCUUUGCAGGCUGUGAGAGAACUCUGGCUGUGCUGCAUGUCGAUCCGGACUCGGUGCACAAUUCCCAGGAGCUCCAGCAUGAAGCCACGGUCUUAUCGGCUGUUUCGUUCAGCCAAGGAAGUAAAGUUGUUACUGGAUCUCAGGAUCAAAUCAUACGGGUUUGGGGUUUAGUCACUGGACACCUCCUUGACUCCUUCAGUGGUAUGGGGUCUUCUGUCACCUUUGUGUCUGUGUACAACAGUACAAUCAUCUCGGCCUCAACCAGGUCUGGUCACCUCAAACUGUGGCAGCUAGACUACGAUCCCAAACACAAAGUCCAGACCUGUAUUCCGGCCAACUGCCCGAGAGUGGUAAUAUCUAAAGAUGGCAACACAGUACAUUUCAUCAGAGAAGAGGACCGAGCCAAAGUGUUCUCAUGGAACUGCUGUGAAGGUAUGUCUUCUGACAUGUUGGACGCAUGCGCAGAGGUGUGUUGCAUGGAACUGGCACAACAGAAGCAGCUUCUCUUCUGCGGCCUCUGCACUGGUACUGUACUCAUCUACCCUUUAGACUUUCCCCAAGAGACCCUGUGCCUUCCUCCUCCAGAGAGCCUGCCUGCUGUGCGCAGCAUGGCCAUCAGUCCCAGAGAAGAUAAGAUUGCUGUGGCCUAUGAGGAAAUGGUGGGCUUGUUCGAAAUCACAGCAAGAGACAGCUUCCCGUGCAUCGAGGGCCCGAUCCAUAACUACUCUCUCUCCUUGCUCCACUCGCCUGUGUCAGCCAUGGCCUUGCUGCCUGACUGUAGACUCCUGUAUGGCACUUUCGGAGGGGAGGUGGCAAUCUAUGACUUCAAGAGCGGCACUGCAUCAGAGCUGGAUCACCACGGGGCUGCUAUCACCUGCAUUGCACUGAGUAACUGGGACAAACACGCUCUGGUAGGAUCUGAGGACUGUGUCCAAAAGCUUUGGAAUUUGAGUCCUGUGCUGCUGGACCAUACUAUGGAGUACAAGGGUUUCUACUUCGAGGGCAUUCUGUGUGCAGCCUUUUCUGUAAAUGAUAAAUACGUCUUCACUGGUUCUCGGGACAAAACCAUUAAAGUCUGGGAUGUGUUUACAGGAUCCCUUUUAUACAUUCAGUACGUUUAUGCUGCAGUCAUCAGGAUUACACCUAACAAGGAUGGGUUUGUAGCCAUUUCACAGCUUGGCUCUUUCAUCAAGGAGGGCUUCCACUGUCCAAACACACUGACUCAAGGCUACAACCCACUCCGUAACUUCAGGGCUCACUAUCGUGUUACUUCACGGGAGAAGAGUCUAGAAGCUCCUCACUCUGUGAUUACAGGGCUCCACAAUUACAAUCCAGCUCAGUUCAACUUCAUGAGCGUACUCAAGACGAAACAAUCCAGCACAUGUGCCCUUUUAUGAGAAGCCAGA